CCACAAUCCAACUUCCCCGUCCUUUGCAUGCUCCUCGUCCUCCGUCGUUGUCGUUGUCUGAAUGCACACUUUCACCAUGAUUCCAUCUUCUUUCCCACAAACCUUGUCCCGGAGAGAUACAGGUAAAUCAAGUCUGGGACAUGAUAGUACCCCCCAUCCUGCUUUGGCGAGCGGCAGCGGUACAUUGGUGCCCCAAAGUGCGGGGGCAAUCUAUCAGCAUAUCCAUGAUAUGGCCUCAAAACGCAUAUCGACUUUGGAUUACCUGAGAAAAGCGUUAGUUCGUACCGAAUCCUUUCUAAGCCGAAUUCUCGGGCUUGUUUUUUCUUGCAACGAUAACCUAACCGAGCUAAAAGCCACGAAGGCCGUAUUUAUUGGUUCAAUACAGUUCGAUUCUCUAAAGCUGAUCUAGGGCGUAUGCCGUACUUCGAGCAUCGAAAACUCUCCCGGCGUGCUGUCAACUAUCUACUUCUCGGCAUGUCUCUUCCACCCAUCCUGGAUGUUAAUUCGACCGCGUUCGAGUACUUGAGAGCUCUCAAUGCUCUCCUCCUCGAAUUUGAGACAUUUCAACAAACCCACCCGCCAGAGAGAGGCUCGUCAUCGGGCUUGGCGAGAUCGCGCAUUCCCCAGAUGUUCAGACGGGCAACGCAUGCAGGAAUCAAAACGAGAAGAGCCAGUUCCGCGAAUGAUAUCGGCUUGCCCAUGCAGUCUAGCGAUCCAUCCGAUUUGAAAACAAUGGCGUGGAACGUUGCCUCCCCCACCACCGCUGCUUCUGUCGUCUCUUUCCCUCACACAGACGCCUCAGAUCUUCUCCCCGGGGAGGAAUACUCUUACCUUCUGACACCUUCAUUGCCCUUUGAACCCGACUUCUUUGAAACCUUCGCAACACUUUGUGAUGUAUUGAUAGACUGCUAUACGCGGCUCAUGUCCCUGGUAUCUACGCCUUCAGUAUGCACAGUUGCUCUAGGCGAGUCGUUUUCAAAAGCAGAUGCCAAAUUACGGAAAGUCAUUCUUUCUGGUAUUGUCCGAGAAUUUGAAGAUGCCAGCAGAACUGCUGCAAAAAAUGAAAUUGCUGGAGUCAGCCGUGUCGUCUUGGGUGGUCUCUUGGGCUAGGGUUGCUUAUUUUGACAUAUGAAGUGAUGAUGUUUCCACAAUUGUCAGUUUAGCGGGAAUGAAGGUGUUAAUAAAUGAUAUUUUAGGUCUAUUCUUCUAGAGAGAGAGAAAAU